CUAUAAAAUGACGAGGCGACCAAUGCCACAAGCGAUGGUGUUUGCUGUCAAGACCUACACGGCUCAGAACCGACAAUAUCGACAAAUUCAACAAUCGUUAAGGCAGAUUGCAUCUUCCCCUGGCUAUGGGGCGAUGAUUCCGACAUCCAGUAUCAUGCAAGGUGCAAGUGAAAAUUCUAGAAUGUCUUAUGUGACGGGCAAUGUUGGCCCUUUGACGUCUAGUGCAGAUAUGGUUCUGCAGAACGCCAACAUGGAUACCUCACUGCCAGAAGGAGCUUUUGAUGGGCACGUGAACACAAUGCUUUCUUUGGGGACAAACCCUACACCACAUGAUCUUUCUAGAGCGUCCAACAACAACAUUGUAACACCCAGACUGGAUACAAGCUUAAGUGAAGCCAACAGAUUCUCUCCCAAGGUGACGCAGGCACACCCGACGCCUAUCAAGAAUCUCCCAAGGGAACCAAAGUUCACCUGCCCAGUCUGCAUCAGUGAGUUGGUUGAUGCGUCGUCUACCAUCUGCGGCCACAUCUUCUGCAAGAAAUGCAUAGAGGCCUCCAUCCAAUUUCAGAAGAAGUGCCCUACUUGUCGUACGAGGCUGACCAUGAGAAAUUUCCACCGCAUCUACCUCCCGACGAUGGAUUGA